AUGCCUAGACCCCGAUUCGAAUCCGGGCUGACGUCGUCUCCCGCGCACGACACACUUGGAGGAGUUGUCGAGAGGAGAAAGCGGACGCGCCUGAGCUACAACGGCUGCAACGCGCGCAAGACCAAGGCAAGUUUCCGUCUUACACAUCCGCCGGCCUCAACUAACCGAUUUUUCCGGGACAAAAACGGAACGUGCCAGCACUGCGGCGCGGCCGACAUCCCGUGCGAGAUGGACCUACGCAGCCACAAGCGGCCCUUCUACCGUGUGUCGGGCGACGUCUUCGAGUACUCUAUCAAGCUGCUGCGCCGCUUCGUGCCCGAGGCCGAGCUGCCCGAGCUGACCGUGGACAACAUCCAGGCCCUGCUGCGCAAGCUCGAGAGCGCGCCGGCUGCGACUGUGUGGGAGUCAGGGUCAGCGUCUGCGGCUGCGGCUGCUGGGACGGCCGCCGCAGCAUCUGAUAGCUCUGGCCCGGCGCUGGACAAUGUCGAACCGGCGCUGCUGCCCAGUGCUGGUCCCGACCCCGACCCCGACCCCGACCCCGACCCCGCGGGUGUCCGCGCAACGGCCACUGUCCCCGCCACCACCAACCAGGAGGAGCUCAGCUGCCUGCUGCUCGACUCUAUGGAGAAGUGGCGCUACAUCGGCGCCGACUCGUCGAUCCGGUGGAAUCACGCGGCGCGCAUGGUGUGCGAGACAUCUACUGCGCGCGCCGGCCGACGAGGCGGAAGCCGAUAUGAGAUUGCCAGCCAGCCGGGCAGCACACCACCGACAGACAGCACACACAGAGCCUCGCUGCACCCGCAGCACCGCCGCGCCGUUGGCCUGCUGCACCUACGGUACUGGGCGUCCGUCAUCGUGCUGACGCGCCCGUUCCUGCUAUUCACCGUCGCCCACACCAGCAACGUCAUUAGUGGAGCGCCUGUCCUGUCGCCGUGGGACUAUUCUGCUAGCCUGACCAUGGACGACACGCUGCAGUUUGACGUCUUCGAAACGCUCGACUUGACCAGCUCGCGCAUUGGCCUGAUGGACACGGAUAUGAUCAUGGACGCGUCCUUUUCGGGGUCGCAGUUUCUGCACGACAAUCUCGACGGCGCGUACCAACCGUAG